UGCUGCCGCACGGCCAGUUGUUGUCGGUCGAGCUGCAGUGGCGGGUCGGACCACGUGACCUCGGGUGAACCGCGCGCCGGGGUGGGAUUACAACGGCCACGGAUAGGCUCCAAGACGCAGUGUGCAAUCCAUCAAAUCAGCAUCUGCGAACAAAUCAUCAUAUCAACCUAAUUAACUCAAUACCGACGAGUUGUUGUGUUCUCGUGCAAAUGGAAAGGAAAUCAAUUCCAAUAUUCAAUCUGUAUCCGACGCAACUCAAACCCCUGGAUCGAUUAGCCGUUUCCAUCCAGAAGCAGCAGCAGCAAAAUCCGCAGUUCAACGUGAUGAGAAUUCCUUCAUCAAUUUCGCCUCAAUGACUAAAAUUCAGUGGCCCAAGAAAAAAAGGGGGUUCCCAUUUUCAUCGGUUCAACCGACAAAAUGAGUGAGUGAAAACAGCAGAAUUUGAUCUUCUUCGCCCAGAAAGUGCGUCUCCUGGCCGGCGGUUAUUUAUCGGAAAAAGGUGACCGUUCCGACACCCCCACCCAAGCCCCAGCGUGAUACUGAUCCUGGGAAGAGGACAUUUGGCCGGCGGAGCACAAGGAUAAACAGCACGCUUCCGUGAAUAAUAAAUACUGGCAAAAGGUGUGCCGGUUCCCAAAAAAUUUUCCCGAAUUCAAGUUCAAAGUGAUGUGUUUUGGUUCCGAGGAAAUUGAGAUGAAAAACGGUUUAGACCUCCUUGGAAAAAGGUGAUCGAUUUCAUCGGUUGAAAAGUUGAUUAAAUCGCCGAAAAAUUCAAGUGUUGUGAGGUGGUUACUGUGGGUGAAUAUGGGCGGAAAUUAAAAACUUCCAACCCCCGCAAACAGAACCGUGUGUGUGUGUGGGUGGAGGAACGUGCUGCUGCUGAAGCUGAGGAUAAAGUGGAGACAGGUGUUGCCGGCGCAGUUGAAAGGAUUAAGCUUUGUUGACGGUUCCCGAGGUGGGAGGAGAAGACGGAUCAACAACAAAAACCGACAGAAUCAACAAAAGCAACAAGAGCAACAACAAUAACCGGUACAUAUCAUGGAAACGCUGUACACUGGACAUAUCCACGGCUUUCCGCCGUCCGCGAACGUUACGUACGGCUCGCUGAGUGGCACGUGGGGCUCCCAGGGGGGCCUGAUAGCGCUGGGCGUCGUCCUCGGCAGCUCCGUCAGCCUGGUCGGGCUGGCGUUUGCCUUCAUCACGUACAGCCUAUUUUCCGACCUGAAAUCGCUGGCCGGCACGGCCCUGCUCAGUCUGCUGGCGUCCCUCUUCAUGAGCCAGCUGCUGUUUGUGAUCGGCGUGGGUGGCGUUCAGGACACCGAGCUCUGCCUGUCGCUAUCGCUGGCGUUGCUGUUUAUGAAGCUGGCGUCGAUGUGUUGGCUGUGCUGCUGCUGUCACCAUGCCCUGGUCCUGUUCCGGUCCAACACGAACCUCAACCCCAACCCGGAGCCGAGCAUGGGCCGGGCCUUGGCCCACUAUAGCUUGCUGUCCUGGGGCUUUCCGCUGCUGAUGUUGGGUGUGGCCGCCGCCUUCAAGUACAAGGAGCGGGACGUGAAAAUCACCGGUGCCCAGGUCAUCGCCCAGAUCGUGCACGACCUGAACGCGGACAGCCACUGCUGGUUAAUGGAGGGCCCGGCGUACGUGUGGGGCUUCCUGGUGCCGGCCGUGGUGCUGCUCUUUGCGGGGUUCUAUCUGGCCUGCCAGGGCGGCGGGGCGGUCAAGAUUGCGGCCGCACUGCAGGUGGACUCCCGCGCCAAGAACAAAAUGGUCAAAAAGCGGGGCCUCCAAAUCGGGCUGUUUUUCAAGAUCCUGAUCGUGCUGUCGACGGUGGUGUUUGUGGGUGCAGUGGCAUCCGCCUGGAACAUCAUCGAGCUUUGGUCCGUCUACAGCAUCGCGCAGGGCAUCCAGGGCCUGGUGAUAGCGAUGCUGGUGUCGUGCAACUGCAAGGUCCUGAAGCUGUACUCGGCCCCGCGCAGCCAAAAGUCCCGCCGGGGCACGUACCACAGCCUCAAGGACGGCGAGGGCGGCCGGUACGGGGUGCUCUCGGUGACGAACCCCAACUACGAGGACAUUCCGCCGCCGGCCGUCUACCAGGCGUACUCGGAGGCCGUCCCGCCCAGUCCGAAGCUGAUGUUGGUGGACGAAACGGACGACUCCUUCGUCCGGAUGGCCUACUGCGAGCGGAACUUUGUCGAGCGGUGCGACGCCGUUGUUCCGUCGGCGCUGGACUGUGCCUUCAGCGGGGAACUGUCCACCUCGCUGGCCAUCGACGAGAUCCCGCGCAGCCCACUUCCGGCCUCGGUGUGAGGUCCCGGAAUUUGUUGACCACCCCCCUCACCCCCAACCCCCCUUUCUUCGGCUAGCUUUUUCUGUGUGUAGUGACAAUAACUGAUGCACUGAGAAAUCAAAUCACAUGGCGUCGGUAGCAGCGCGAAUCCAGGCUGGAAUUGGAAGCUAAUACAAUUGUGUACAAUGUGUAUAUCACUAAACAUAUAUCACUAUUUAAAAAGAAUAUUUACCGUCACAUAGAGGCAACCUAGGACAUAUCAGAAGACACGAACCUACUGUCCUACGCAGAGUGUGUAUAUCAGAUGUAUUGCAUAAAGAGAAACGAAAUAAAAAAUCAAUGUUUAUAGAAAGCAAAAAAA